AUGGGAAGAGACGGCGACGAGAACGAGGACGCCAAUGUGCGCGCCGUCGAGGAGGAGCUGCUGGACGAAAUGUUCACGGAGCGCAGCGCCGCGAGUGACAAGGACGACGACCUGACGAUCUCCUUGGGCUGCAGCGACGACCCGGUCGAGACCCAGCGGUCCGAGGUCUCCAAAGACUCAAUCGCCACCAGCAGCACCGACCGCUCGAGUCUGAGCUUGAGCAAUGCAGUGGAGCGGCUGCCCGUGCUCUUGAGAGCCUCCAGUCAAGGCGCAUACUUCGACGAGCGCCAGCGCAGUGUGGACCCGGAUCAUACGGUGGGGCGCACGCGCGUGCCGUGGCACUCGAAGAGCGUCUCGGACUUGAGAGACCCAGCCACGAAGCCCACGCGCGUCGUCGCGUUCGAUGUGGGGGGCAAGCUCUUCCGCUGCAAGGAGAGCUUGAUCGCCAAGUACCCGCUCAAGCGACUCAACCAGAUCAUCACGUGCGGCUGCGGCAAAGUCAGCUGCCUGGACGACGCGUUCUUCAUCGACCGCAACCCGCAGCACUUCGAGAUGAUCCUCGACUGGUACAGGACGGGCAAGCUCGUGCGCCAACGCAACGUGAACGAGGAAGCCUUCAAAGACGACGCCAUCUACUUUGAUUUAUACGAAGAAUUGUUCCCCACUACUCCGGCUGGGGAACCGCCUCAGUCGUGGCCGACUGUCAAGGCCCCACCGGGACUGCCCACGCGGAGGCGGUCGGUCAACGAUGUCGACUUGGGUCGUGGUAACACGAAGCGGGUCAGCAUGUUCGCUAACAUGGCGUCCCCACCCGCACAUCAACAGAAGCAGGAAGCAGCAAAGCCAUCGACCAAUGCAGAUAACGAGUCAUCCUCAGAAGACGUAGCGCUUCCUACCGCUACUACAGACGACGGUCCGUUGCGCUUCUAUCGACGCGAGAGACGCGUAUUGACGCCGACCAGCAUCCCGGUAGUGUUCAAGAUCCGCAAGUUCGAGCAGCUACUGGUGGCGAGCGUGAAAGGCCGAGGCAAGCUCAUGGUGCGCGUGUGCGACGCCACAGGGAUGCAGGCCGUGGAUGUUCCCGAGGCCGUAUUAUUUGACAGUCACUCGCGGUUUUACUUGAAAGGCGAGCGCGCGCAACUACAGUACAACGCGUUGUUGCCUGGAGAGCAUGUCUACACCUUCUGGAUUGAGGAGAACACGAACGGUGCGAGUGUCCAGACGUCUUCACCCCCAGCAUUGGACAUCGAGUUCAAACUUCUGUUCACGUUCGAUCCCGGUGAUCGAAUCACUCCAGCGAUGGAGUCGGAAUUGUCGCGCGCAGUGUCUACAGCGGGAAGCAGCGAUGCCAUUCACGCGCUCACCCCCGAGAGAACUCCACAGAUCAAUGGCAAGACCGAGUCGUUCUCUCCGUGUUUGUUCUUGCCGCCGUCACAGGUACAACGCGCUCCAGAGCUCACGUCGCUUCGGGACGCAGGAACGAACAGGUCCAACCAGGUCAAACCACCCAAGGAAUUGUCGCCGUUGAAGAAGAACGGACUCAAGCGUGGCAGCCAGCAGCAUCAGCAGCACUUAUUGUCGUCUCCGAUUCGCCACGCAGGGGCUUCGAUCGUGCGGAGCGUCCAGCAGCCACAGCCACGACCGGCAGAGGGGAAAGUUACCGUUUACCGACCGGAGAAGCUGGAGCUGGACCCGGCCAGCGACUCGCCUACGAUCAUCAACCAGGCAGUGGAGUCAGCGUAUCACGAUAUGCAGCCGCGUCUAUUUCGAUGA